AUGGGUGGCCUGGUCGGAUCAUCUGCUUGGGCCAGCCCCACCAUGGUUGUUCCGGCAGGCGGUAGCGGAGGUGCGCGUCAACGGUUGGAUGGUGCUGGAGGGACUGUCACCGAUGCUAAGAGCUGGGGGACGUUGGCCCCAUCACGGAGCUUCCACGAGCAGACGAAAUACAAUCAAGAUGUUCUUUUGGGGAUCACGGGCAAGGACUUCACCUUGAUCGCAGCAUCCAAGGCGGCGAUGCGGGGAGCCACCGUCCUGAAGGCAUCUGACGACAAGACGAGGCCACUAAACAAGCACACCAUGAUCGCGUUUUCUGGCGAGCCUGGAGACACCAUCCAAUUUGCGGAGUACAUCAUGGCAAACGCGAAGCUCUAUUCUAUGCGUAAUGAGACCGAUCUUUCACCGUCUGCACUGGCGCAUUACGUCCGUGGCGAGCUUGCCUCGAGCUUGAGGUCGCGGAAGCCAUACACAGUCAACCUCCUCCUGGGCGGUGUUGACCCCAUCACACACAAGCCGAGCCUCUACUGGCUGGACUACCUUGCGGCUCUGGCGCCGGUCCCAUAUGCCGCACAUGGAUAUGCUCAGUACUACUGCCUCUCCAUCCUCGAUAAACAUCAUCACCCCGAUAUCACCCUGCACCAGGGUAUUAAGAUCCUGACGAUGUGCACCGACGAGCUGAAGAGGAGAUUACCGAUCGACUUUAAAGGAAUGGUGGUGAAGGCGGUGACAAAGGAUGGAAUCCGCGACAUCGAAUUUGACGAUGACAAGAUUGUCAAGAGUGCUUGA